AAGCAUUUUAUGCCUCACCCUCACUCUCUCUCUCUCUCUCUCUCUCUCUCUCUCUUCAAAGCCAUGCUGCCAAAUAUUCUGCUUAGGCCAUUUCGAAGUGAAAAAUCAAGGGCGAAGAGAAGCUGCAGCGAAAGGAAUGAUGAGGAAAUGGAGGAAGAAAGGCAUCAUCAUCUCUCUGCACUGCCAUUCCACAGAGAUCCACUCGCCAAACACACCAACUUCUCCCUAAGAUCCCACAACACUACUACUCAUAGAAACGGACGAGGGCUGAAGAGGAUGACGAGCAAGGUCUCCAAUUUCUCCGAUCUGAUCCAACGGGUCACUGCUUCUUGCCUCCUCCACCCCCUUGCCGGCGUAGCCCGGCCCGACGACAUCUCCGUAGCCGAUGAAGAAGAGGACUACGAAAUCGAGGAGGAGGAGGAGGAGUUCAAGAUCAAUACUAAUUGGGAAGGCACGACGAACGAUGGGGACCAUCCGCCGAGGGUAAUGGAGCUGGAAAUGCUGAUGGGGCAGGUGUUCGACGCCGUCUCGGUCAUGAAGAGGGCGUAUGUUAGUCUCCAGGAGGCGCAUUGCCCCUGGGAUCCAGACAAAAUGCGCGUGGCCGACGUGGCGGUGGUGGCGGAACUCCGGAGGCUAGGUCUGCUCAGGGAGAGGUUCAGGCGGAGCGUUGGAAGCGGAAGGGGAGGGGGCAGAAGAUGGGGAGUAGGGGCGGCGACGCUGCGGGAGGUGGUGGCGCCUUACGAGGCGGCGGUGGAGGAGCUGAAGAGGGAAGUGAAGGCUAAGCAUGCGGAGGUUGAGAACUUGAGGGAGAAGCUCAAAACGGCGACGUCCUUCGACCGCAUUAGUGGGAAGUCAAAGGGGAAGUCGAAGAGACGAGUCAGCUGCACCACUCAAGUUGCAGCAGCUCCAGCAAUGGAGCUAUUUGAAGCCACAAUGAGCCUAGUCAACGAGGCCUCGAAAUCCUUCACAUCCCUACUCCUGUCUCUCAUGCGCUCUGCACAUUGGGACAUUGCAGCUGCUGUGCGAUCCAUUGAUGCCGCUUCUUCCACCUCCGCCACUAUGAACAACCCCACCACCACUACCAUGUUUACGGACUCUAUAGUCGGGGGCAACCAUGCAAAGUACGCUCUGGAAUCCUAUGUGAGUAGGAAAAUCUACCAAGGCUUUGACCACGAGACAUUUUACAUGGAUGGCAGCCUUUCCUCGAUACUCCACCCGGAUCAGCACCGUAGGGACUGCUUUACACAAUACCGUGACAUGAAGGCAAUGGACCCUAUUGAACUCCUCAGCAUUUUACCUACUUGUAGCUUUGGGAACUUUUGCUUCAAGAAGUACCUCUCGAUUGUGCACCCAAAGAUGGAGGAGUCGUUGUUCGGGGACCUGGAGCAGAGGCGCCAGGUGCUAGACGGUCACCACCCACGGAGUCAGUUCUAUGGUGAGUUUUUGGGGUUGGCUAAGGCUGUUUGGUUGCUGCAUUUGCUGGCGUUUUCUCUGGACCCUCCUCCCAGCCAUUUUGAGGCGAGUAGAGGGGCUGAGUUUCAUUCUCAGUACAUGGAGAGUGUGGUGAGGAUUUCUGGUAAUAAUGGAGGACCCAUGGUUGUGGGGUUCUCAGUGAGUCCGGGGUUUAAGCUUGGGAACGGCUCAAUAAUCAAGGCCAGAGUUUAUCUGGUUCCCAAGAAUUGAUGAAAAGGAGUUCAUGCUCUGGGAAGGAUAAGGAGCCUUGUACCCAUAUGCAGUUUGUAUUUAAGAUGAAUCUUAGUUAUGCCUGUUGCAGAACUUGUUUCUUCUUCUAGUGUACUUAACAUAUGAUGCUAUAUUUCUGUGUCGUAGUAGUCUCUCUGAGAAGCCAUAUACACGAUGUGUGUUUCUCUUUAAGUUUUCAGUAGAGAUUGCAGAACGUUAACUAUCA